CCUGGAGGAGCGCGGGGCGGGCGGGCCAGUCUGUGGCUGUUGCUGUGCCUGUGACUGGGUCUGUUCGCUGGAUGCCGGCCAGGGAUGCUUCCUCUGGACCGCCGUGUGGGUCUUGGGUUGUGGCGGAGGGAUGGCGAACGUGCGGGUGGCCGUGAGGGUCCGGCCUCUCAGCAAGCGGGAGACCAAAGAAGGGGGAAGAAUUAUUGUGGAAGUUGAUGACAAAGUGGCAAAAAUCAGGAAUGUAAAGGUGGACAGUCGACCAGAGAGCUUUGGAGACACCCGGGAGAAGGUUGUGGCAUUUGGCUUUGAUUACUGCUAUUGGUCAGUCAAUCCGGAGGACCCUCGAUACGCAUCUCAGGAAGUGGUGUUCCAGGACUUGGGGACUGAAGUACUGUCUGGAGCUGCCAAGGGCUACAACAUAUGCCUCUUUGCCUAUGGGCAGACAGGCUCUGGGAAGACAUACACCAUGCUGGGAACUCCAGCCUCUGUUGGGCUGACCCCGCGGAUAUGUGAGGCUCUGUUCAUCAGGAAGGAUUGCUGUACCUCACUACCUUCUUCACAUAGCAUAAAAAUAAGCUUCCUAGAAAUCUACAAUGAACGAGUAAGAGAUCUUUUGAAGCAAUCCAAUCAUAAGUCCUACACCUUGAGGGUCAGGGAGCACCCAGAGAUGGGACCCUAUGUCCAAGGUCUGUCUCAGCAUGUUGUUACCAACUAUCAGCAAGUUAUUCAGCUCCUGGAGGAGGGGAUAGCAAACAGGAUGACAGCAGCCACCCACGUUCACGAGGCCAGCAGCAGAUCCCAUGCCAUCUUCACUAUCCACUACACAAAGGCAGUCCUACAGAACAACCUCUUCUCAGAGACCACCAGCAAGAUCAACCUUGUGGACCUAGCGGGCAGUGAGAAGGCAGAUCCAAGUUACUGUAAGGACCGGAUUACUGAAGGCGCCAAUAUCAACAAGUCCCUCGUGACUCUGGGAAUUGUAAUCUCCGCUUUAGCCCAGAACUCACAAGUGUUCAGCAGCUGCCAGAGCCUCAGUAGCGCAGCCAGCAGUGGGAGUGACAGUGGGAUUCCCAGCACCGUGUCCGGGGCCAGCAGCGGAGGGGGACCUGCAAGGAGGCCGUCUUACAUCCCAUACCGGGACUCUGUGCUGACCUGGCUACUGAAGGAGAGCCUUGGAGGCAACUCCAAAACCAUCAUGGUUGCCACUGUGUCCCCUGCACAUACCAGCUACAGUGAGACCAUGAGUACCAUGAGAUAUGCAUCCAAUGCCAAAAACAUCAUCAACAAGCCACAGGUGAAUGAGGAUGCCAAUGUGAAGCUCAUCCGAGAACUCAGGGAGGAGAUUGGGAGGCUGAAAGCCAUGCUGCUGAGCUUUAAACUGAGGAAUUUGAGCUCACUAAAUGAUGAACUGGACGAAAGCCAGAAGGAGUUAGUCCUCCAGAAUGAUUUGAAGGUAGGCAAGCUGACUCAAGACUGGGCUCAGAAGUGGAAUGACUGGCAGGCACUUACGGAGCAUUUUGGUGUGGACAUCAACAGGAAGAGGGCAGGGGUGGUCAUCGACUCCAGCCUGCCACACCUGAUGGCUUUGGAGGAUGAUGUGCUCAGCACAGGUGUAGUGCUUUACCACCUCAAGGAGGGGACAACAAAAAUAGGAAGGAUUGAUUCAGACCAGGAACAGGACAUCGUUCUUCAGGGCCAGUGGAUUGAGAGAGACCAUUGCACAAUCACUAGCACUUGUGGGGUGGUCAUUCUCCGGCCUACCCAAGGGGCACGCUGUACAGUCAAUGGCCGUGAGGUCACUGCUUCCUGCCGUCUGACACAAGGAGCUGUCAUAACACUGGGAAAAGCACAGAAGUUCCGAUUUAACCACCCGGCCGAGGCCGAGCUGCUGCGUCACCAAAGGCUUAAAGUUGGAAAGGCUCUUGGCAGCAGUGGCUCUUUGGAAUGGCUGGACUUGAAUGGGGAUGUCACCGCCUUGAGACUGGACCUCUGUCCCCAGCCUUGGAAGGAGAGGAAAGUGCUGGAAGAUCAGUGUGACAAGGACCAGCAUCCAUCAAGAAAUGGCAAGACAUCCCACAGAGCCCAGUCUGAGCAACAGAAAUGCUCUGUGGAGAAUCUGACAGAGCAAGUCACUGAAGGACAGAGUAGAGUUCAGAAGGGACUGGAAUUGGACCAGACGCACAUCAGCCAACAGAUAAAAGAGAACCAGCAGUGGCUACUCAGAGAAGAGACCUGGCUAGCCAGCUUGCAGGAGACAAAGCAAGAAGACGACUGUGGGGAAGAGAAAGAACUUGAGGCCUUUGUGGCACCUGAUGCCUGGCUUCCAACAGCUCCUCAGACCCCACCAUCCCCACUGGUUCAAAGCCAAAAAAGGGUGGUUCAGUUGCAGCGCUUGUGGAGACGUACUUCUCGGGCCACAGUGUGGAACAGCAGGUGGAAAAAGGUCUCACUGCAGCUGGAGAGAAUUAAGAAGUGGAGGCAGCUGGAGGCCCAGAGGAGACUAGAGCAGCCCAGGGCACUCUACUGGAUCCAGGAUGACAGUGCCUCCGAGGCCCCAAGUUGGGUCUCCAGCUCUAACACCUCAGGCCCCGGUUCUCGGCAGAGCAGCAGACGGACAACUCACAGCUGCCUGAGCCCACAGAGGCUCCGCAGCCCACACCUACCCCAGCCACACAGUGCCUUCCUGAACUCGGAUCCUUCCACUACACCUCCGCCUGACCCAACUCACCAAGUACCAGAGAAAACUCCAUCAGCGUGUACCAUUCCCCCUCCCAGGACAGGGCGCUCGGGCAGGAACGGCUUUCAUCCAUCAGGCCGGAGGAAACUCUAUCCAGCCAGGGGAGCCUCACCCAGGAGGGAAGUCUCUACUCAAGGUGCCUGUCUCACUGGAAGCUACAUGUCUGUAAACAGCCAAGACACUGAGCCAUUGGGUAAACAGCCCUGUCAGAUGUCAUCCCAGAGCUCAGGGACUCUGUGCCAAUCAACUAAGAAGCUAAAGCAUGGCUCAAGGACCCUUACCCCAGCUGCCCACACCAGAAGGGAUAAGGGAUUAGGAGCAUCUGUCAACACACAAACUGGAUGGCAAAAAGUAGGGAGCUAUGAGACCUACAAGGCUCUUAAGGAAACUACCACUUAUUCUGCUUAUCUCAGUGGAUCCAAGCAAGCAGCUGGGCAUGGAAAAAUAGUCACAGCUUUUCAGGCAGAAUCCAAACCACCACCUCCAAGCAGGGCACCAAAAAAACAUCAGAGGGUACUGACAGCUAGGGCUAGAGACUUUGCCAAAAAGUUCUCUCAUUUGCCUUGUGGCAGUCCUUUAAAAAAACAACUUAGUGCAGAGGAUCCAGACACCCUGGCCUCCUUCACAGGUUCUAGACUUAUAAUGGAUCAUCUAAGGGAAAAGGACAAUGACUUAUCUGACACUGAGAGCAGUUACUCAGUAGAUUCUCUCUCUCAUGUCUACAUCAAAGUUCCAAAGGAGCUGCUGAAGCCAAAGGACCUUCAGGGAAAAUGGGUUCUCCCAGAUCCAGAGAACUCCGAAAGUGACAACAGUCAAAUAUCUGAGGAUUCACUUGCUGAGAACAGGUACCAAAGCCCCCCAGAAAACUUAGGGGGUGAAUAUUCUACCAAGGAUAGUGGGUAUUCAAGGACCAGAACUUCAGCCUCUGUGAGGGGCUUCACCAUGCCCUCAGACAGAAGCUUAUUUACUCAAGCACAUGGGAGCUUUUCCUUGGACAGCUUGAUCGAGGCUGCAGAACUAGGAGACAGACAAGAGGAGCCUUACCUUGGUUCUGCUGAUGAGGGACCUACGGAGACUUUUUGGCACCUGCAGAAGGACUCCCUACCUGCAGCAGACCAGGAGGCAACAUGCAGGCCUAGCCCUAUCAUCCACAGAACAGCAGUCAGGCUGAAUGUCUUUGUGCCAAAAAGCAACUCAUUUUACCUUGAUCCUCAGUUUCAGCACUAUUGUGAGCAGCCUGAGUCAGAAAUGGAGGCAAGCUAUUUUGAACAAACCAACUCUUUCCAAGGUGUGCAGGUUACAAGAGCGAGCCCCCUGGUAUCUGUGGAUUCAUGGUUUUCUUGUGACUCUAAGGGCUAUUCCAGCAGCCCUUCAGGGAUCAUACAUUCUUUAUGUCCAAGUCCUGACAGACAUGAAAUUCAGCUGCAUGGUGAGACACCAAGACACUGGCUAAGCAUGGAAGAAGUAAAGUCACCAGCUACAGUCCUGUCAGGGAGCCACACAUUUACCCAAGCCAGUGCCAUGCCAACCAGUAGUUCAGAUUUGUGUGCACCUCCUGCUUCUGAUACAUCCAAGCCCUCAAUUUGUGGACAUCAAAGGCUCCUUCAGCCAGGAGUUGAUGGUGUCUUUCAAGGUAGAAAAAUCUCUGAUGUGACCUACCAGGCCAUCUCGGAAGAGUCCCACAGUCCUGACAUAUCGAGUGUGCUGGCUCCCUCUGGCACCUCAGUCACUCAUGUAGGCAGUAUUCAUGAGGACUGGACUGCCCUUCAGCAAAAGUAUCUUCUUGAACUCUCAAAUUCUGUUUUGGGGGCUGUCGGAGAGCCCAGGCCAGCUUUCCUCUUCCUGGAGGAAGACUCUAGCUCCCUGGCUGAAGCUUCUGAUAAAGUAGACACUCAGUUGCCAGUUGACCCUGGGGUAUCUAGAACUUUAGGUUUCAGCUACUUUCCAGUCCACCUAUCCAAAGCCAGGCACGUAAGAGAAGAGAAAAACUGUGGCAGUGUGAGGGCCAACCUAGAAAGUGCUUCUGACCGCUUCAGUGCCGCUGAGAGAGUGAGUUCUAGUGGGGUGUACCCAGCAGACCCAGAGCCUCUGACUUCUGAAUCUGAAGCACAGGCCCACACAGCAGGAAACAAGACACCAAAUCCCAUGACAGAGGCAUGGGAAGUCAAUCGGGCCAGCUUGGAAGGGUCCCUUCAGAGUGGCAAGAACCCCAGGCUGAUAACUUCCUCUGGGCAGCAUUUCUUCCAGAAGAGGGCUUAUCACAAUGAUGACACCUUAGCCGCUGAAGUAGGCCACUGGCCUCAAGAUGGGGCGCGUCUCAGGAAAAACACUGCAGUUCAACCAGGACUGUUAAGCCAGCAUCCCCUCCUAGAAGAGAAGGCAACUUCCCCUCAGAGCAGCGGGGAAGCAGCUGGAACACACGAAGGUGGUGCCUGCACUCUCCCUUCAGAGCCAGAGCUGCUCCCGCACUCUGCCCCCUGGGACCCUUUCCCACCUUCCUUGCAACCUCCUCCCUUGGAAACAUUCUACGUAACCAAGAGCAGGGAUGCCUUGACAGAAACUGCCUUAGAGAUUCCAGCCUGUAGGGAAGCCCGGGUGCCCUCCCCACCCCCCAGGGAAGCCUGGGGCUUUGGUCAUAGCUAUGAAGUCCUCCAGAAAGUUCACUGGAAGAACAACUUGCCCAAGGUGUCGAAAAGCCAGAAUUCUAAGAUUGACCCAUCUCAGCAGGCGACAACAAAGAGGCCAACUGAUCUGAGUAAAGAGGAAGUUACUGAAGAGCUGGGGGACCACUCUAGAAAUAUGAAGGAGGAAGAAAGCCAUGAUUCUGCUUACUGUUUUGUUGCUCAGAACAGACAUCUCCCUUCUGCCAGCCUCAAAGCUUGCAAAUGUGGAAAUCACUUUGGAAUUUUAAAUAAAAAGUAUAGCCUCUCAGUACACAAGGAAGGAGAAGAGGCCUGUGCAUGGCACCACUGCAGCGUUGCCUUUGACGGCUCUGAGUCCAAGACUUUGCUCUUCAUCUGUGAUCCCAUGGCAAGUGAGGAAGAGCAGGAUGCACUGCUGUCUCAGAUACAUACCUGUGAUGUUCACAGUCAGACUUCUUCUGGAGGCAGGUCUGAUUUCAUUGGCAACAUCAACUUUGACCUGGACAAGAUACAAGAGGAAACUGCUGUUUCGUUGGAAUCCAGAUCAGUCCACUGUCGAGUAAGCAGCCCUGUGUUCAUGGCCAGAGGUGGAAGUCCAACGCACAUGUGGGAGGGGAGGAAUGAAACUGUACUUCUCAGGGAAGUGAUUUCCAAAGACAUCAGAGAAGAGUUCAAUCUUCCAGGAACCCAGUACACCUGUGAAAGAUGCCGUCUAGUUCUGUGCUCUCAGAAAAGAAAGCCUGUUGAAUGCAAGGCCCAUGGGCAGUCACAAGAAAUAAAGUCCAAAGAAGAACCUUUGGGAGAGCAACAGAAUAAAAGAUUUAAUAAUGCCGAAGAGAUGGCUAGGCUGCUCCGGAGUGUAAUACAGCUGGAAACUGGCAUCUUGGAAAUUGAAUCUAAGCAGAAUAAGCAUCUUCAUGCUUCCCACAUGUCAAGUACAGAGUUUAUGCUCCAGGACAUACAGGACCAGGAGAGGGCUGACCAUGUCCUGAUGCCAGGAAGCUCUGGAAAACAUUUGUUCUUUGGGGUACAGCCAUCUUUUCCAGUACAGAUAGAGGAUGAUACCAGAGACAGCAAAUCUAGGGAAGAAGAUGGUGGCAGUGCCCUCAGUUAUAAUGCCCAAGUCCAGAAAGUCAUAGGAAGCCCCUCCAGAUCAAGGGAAUAUGCACAAGUAAGGCAGUCUGAGAGUGAGCACUCAGACCCACAACCUGGAGUAGACAGACUUGCCAGGGACACAUGUGAUUCUCUGGGGAAAGGCAUAGCUCUCAGAGAGUCUAGCAACGUUUCCCUUCACUCCAGGAGAAUGAAGGAAUUAGCUGGAGCUCUGCCUUUGCAGCUCAGUGUAGAGAGAUCUGAGAAGGAUGAUGAGCUUCUAAAAACAUCAACAAACUUCCAAGACCAGGCUUGGGCCUUGGAAAGUCUCGAGGAACCACAGACUAUGGAAAAGUUUCAGGAAAACCAAAUUGUUGAACUCCCAAGUGAUUCACACUUGGAGGAUACAAAAGCUCAUGGGAGUGUUGAAGAAAUGGCCGUGAAAAGGGGAGAGAACCUACAUGAAGAAGAGAAUAUGAUCUCACCAACUCAGGAAUUUCUUAUUCUAAGCCAGCACUGUGAGGGAACAUUUUUCAGCCAGGAGACUGUCUCCCCAUCCCAUAGCCAGACAGGCUUCUCUGCAGCUCUUCUUUGUGGAGAGCUGAGUGGUACCCAACCCAUGCAUUAUCCUAGCUUACCAAGAAGCUGUUUGCAUGCCUCUGGUACCAAAGGCAUCUCUUCAUUUGAGCACAUGUUAGAGCCUACAAUGUGGAAAAUUAAUAGAAGUUCUUUGGCAACUGGAGUAGGCCAUCAGGAUCUCAGUGGCGAGACCAGCAGCAGUAGCCCCCAGGGAAGUGUUGCAGGGGAUACUUACACCACACACGCUGCUUGGUGUGGAUCUGUGAUGCCCAUGGUCACGAGAGCUGAUGGUCGGUCUGUUACACCAGACAGCAUUUUACCGGAGAUGGAGGACUGGAUCACAGUGAGCACUGGCCCCCAAGGAGACCAGAAGGGGGACUUCAGGGAUACUUCAAUAGGCUUCCUUACCCAGGAAGGUUUGGAUUCUGAAGCCGAGGCAACUGUACAAAAAGAAAUAAAGACCAGUUACUUGGACAGGGUCUCAAGACAGACUGAAAAGAAGGUCAGUUUCCUCUUACCAGAAGAUAGUGGCCAGGGUGAGGAGGAAAGGCAGAAAGCAGAGGAGAAGUCUGAAGAUCAACAUCCAGCUAGCUCUGCUUGCUUAACACCUGUGUCUCUACUGGAGGCACCUAAUCCAGAGCCUCUGCUACCGCCAGACCCCUCUAUCCAUGCAUCCAUAUGUCUGGCCAUCUUGAAAGAGAUCAGACAGGCAAAAGCACAGAGGAAACGGCUUAGUGACUUUGUGGCUGACAGGACAGUCCUCCCUCAUUGUAAGCCUUCACAAGAAGCUGAGUGUUUUUUGGAGGCUGCUGGUAGGUCUCAGGAGCAAAUGGUGAAGUUAGGGUGGGGUAGCACCAGGAAGGAAGAUGAAGCACAAGGACUGCAUGCAGCAUCUCCAUCUGCUGUGUCUGCAGACCUUUUGGCUGAUGAGGCCAGUGCAGAGGACCUUCAUCAUCUGCCUGACCCUGAAACUGACAGAGGACCACGGUAUCAUUUGCUGGCUUCCUCUCACACUGUUCCAGAUUUAGAAAAAGGACAUUGUACUAGAGAAACAAGGCAAUUUGGGGGAGCAAGUGGAUGGUUUGGUUCUUCUGAAGUCAUAGAGAAAAAGAAAGAAACAUCUAGAACACUGUCCCCUGUUUAUCCUUUGGUCCCAGACAGGCUUCUUUCUACUCCAACUGUAGAGCAGGAUGGGAGGGUGAGAUUAGAGAAAGUGUCUGUCUCACCUUCUCAAGCUUCUUGUGAUGACCCUGGCAGGAGCCCUCAUGGGCAAAGCCAGUUGGCUUCAUGGGAACCUGCAGAGGGUAUGUCCUUUGGUGGGCAGGACAGGACUCCAGGGCUUCAGGAACCCAGAAGUCUAGACAGCACAUGUGGAGGAGGCUCAGGUAAGGUGUCCGUGACCUCGCAGGAAGGAAAAGCAGUCCAUGCCGAGUGCCAGACUGUGAUCUGUAAUGCUGAUAAUGCUGCUGGCCUUUUGGGGCCUAAGCAAGACCGUUUUCAUUACACGGAUGCUUCCACUGGCUUAGAAGAAGUGAAGGCAAGUCCAAAGCCAUGUGCUGUUGAGCCUGGAGCUCCGACAAAGUUUGAAGCAGAUGCUCACAUGUGGCGUCCUGUCAAGUGGAAAAAUGUUGGUUCUGGUCUGGCAGAGGCCUGUGGGGAUGACAGCAAAUAUACAAGGUCAACUCCAUUGCUAGAUCAAAGACCUAUCCUGAGUCCAAGUGGAGUUGGAGAAGAGGCUCCAGGUCUGUCCCCAAAAGAGUGCCUUGUUUCUGAGGGGAACACUGGAGGCAGCAGGCUACGUGGCUCAUCUUAUGAGGAGGAAGAGGAUGGAACUAUUCCUUACUCUCAACUAAGUGGUUCUCCACCUACUGUUCAUGCCUACUCCUGUCAUUCCUCUACUCUGCCAUGUUGGAGAGAUGGUGUCCUUAGGAAGGGAACCCCUUGUGCUGCUCCACUUCCUGUCCACUCACCUUUCAUAGUGCCAUCCAGUGAAACAGGUGGAACAGUAGAGAGCUUUUCCAAAGACUCUCAAGUGUUUUCAGAACAUGGCCUCAAGCACAAACAUGUAAAUAUAGGAUUUGGGUCUGGAGACAUCAGCAUUCCCAGCUCACCCACUACACCUGCUCUUCCCUCUCCAGCUCAAAGCUCCAGCUCCCUUUGCAGCUCUGAAGUGAGGGCAAAUUGCUUCACCCACACAGUUGCUGGUAGAAGGUCAGUUGAAGGUUCUGGGGAAAAGACUUCAGGGAAGAAGGCCAGCAGUGCCCCUGAGGACGAUUCUCCAUCCAGUCCUGCAGGCACACACUCUGAGCCACUGAGAACUUUGAAGGAUAAGUCUGUAGGUGAGAAUGCACAGGUAUCACAAACCAUGCCAGGACCUCCUGUGGUGACUCGGGGACUACAUACCCUAAAUUUAAAUAAAGGGUCUGUUGGCGGUGAACUGGUGAAAGCAGCUCAGGAUGGACACUUAGAUAAUACCAUCAGACCCUCUUCAGAAAAUACACAGCCUUUCACUGAGGUCAGGGGUCACAGUUACUUGGGUCCCCACGCCAAAUUUGUAGACAUGUUAAAACAUACCAACCAAUCUCAGACUGAGACUUCAUGGGAGGAAGAAGAGCAACAGAGAGACGAGCCUCCAAGAGGUGGCAAAGACCACGCCCAGGCCAGAAAUGGAGUACCUUCUAACAAAGGUGGCUUUGAUGACUCUCAGACUAAAGAUGGUGAAAGAGAGGAGAUGGCUGUGACCAAGUCUUCUGUGUCCCAGACUUACUUUUCAGACUUUGAAGACCCAGCUUCUCUGCCCUUGGGGCAAACUGAACCCUCACAGCCUGUUGCCCGGACUCCUGGCCAGCUCUGCUCUGAAAGGGACCAUCUGGCUCCCCAUCACAGGCACGCACUUCCUGUGAUUGCAAUCUUCUCUGGCCCCAAGAACACCAGGUAUUCCCCUAGACCUCAGUUCUCUGUGGUCAGCUCAUCUCGAUCCCUUCAAGAACUAAAUUUGAAUAUGGAGCCUCCUUCUCCAACAGAGAAAGAUGCACAGGAGCCGAACAGAUUGUGGGGCCCACAUCUGAGGGGCCAUUCCUCAGAAAAGCCAGUGUCAACAUGUCCAAAGACUCAGGAUUGCAGUCACAAAGUUUCACGUAACUUUAACAAUAGCCCCACCAAUGACAAGCCCCUAAAAGCUGUCAUUCCUCCUUACCCAACAUCUUCCACUGUGUCAUGUAUGCCAACCCCUGAUUUUAUGACCAACUGGAUGCCUGGUACUUUGGAAGAGGCCCGUCAAGGAAAGACACAUAAACUGAGUGUCCAGAGUAUGCCAGAGAAUUGGCACUCUAGGAUGGACAAAGAAAUGCACUUUGGUUCCAGUGACAUAAGUCCCUAUGUCCUGCCUUGGUGUCCACAGAGACCUGUGCAUAUUGGCUGGAAACAAUAUGUGUUUGGAAGUACAGUUGAUGUCUCUUGUAGCCAGAAACCCCAAUGCCUAAUACCAUCAACUAUGGCUCAGUGCUCCAGCAUAGACAAUGCCCUAGAAGACAAAAAAUCCCUGUUUCACUCCCAUCUCAGGAAUUACACCCAAACCCGUGAUCUGUCAAACAUUCACAGUGGUAUUGAAAGUAACCAAAAUUCAAACAAAGGCUGGGAAAUAUGGAGUUCCUCACUUGCUGUGGGAGAGCCCCAUGUCUUUACUGGCUCUGAAGGAGUUGCCCCAAUAAGGGGUCCUGACAAGAGGCCCCCAUUCAAGGGCCAUUCUGAGGAAAUAGGGUAUCUGAGGAGUGAGCUGCCUCUGGCUGGCCGGAGUGCCACAGCUCAGGUAGAUGACAUUGUACUACUCUGCCCAUCAGAGAGAGGCCACACUGUGAGUCAGGCCAGGAUGAAUACCUUUGAGCAGGGAACACAGACCCUGGGCAGCAGGCUCCACUGGAGUUGCACCAAUAUCUCUGCUCAGCCCAAUGCUACCACAAUGUCAGCCUCUGAGCUGGCCUCCUGGACCAGCAUGCACAAUCUGUCCCUCCACCUCUCACAGCUUCUGCAUAGCACUUCAGAGCUGCUUGGGAGUCUCUCACAGACAAGUGUAGUCCCAAAGGAGCAGAACAUCAAGAGUGAAUCCCCAGAUGAGGCCCCACAGGCCCCCACGAUGGACAGUUGUACUCAGACCACUGUGGAUGAGGGCAUCCAGACAGACCUGGCCUCAUCUCCUUUGCUCUCCCAGCCCCCAGAGGUCAAGCCUCAAGAAGUGAUCGUUGAAGUGAUGGACUCAGAUAUCAUCACUGUGGCUCAAGAGAAGAGAGAGGGAGAGGAAGCAGCAGAACUCCCAGAUCUCCGUGAAGGAAGCACUCACAAUAAUUUGCAGAGCCUUCCUGUGUCUUCACCACAUUUGAGGUUUCAGAAAGUUCAUCUUGGGCAGAACCUUACUUUGGUGAGCUUCCCGGCUUCUCCUGAUGGAUCCCCCUCUCCCAGCCUGCAGCCAGAGGAAUCUUGCAUGGUGGUCAACAGUCCUAGAGUCUCCCAGUACUCAGGGAUCUUCCAUGGUGCUUCAGAGUUCACCCAGGAGCCUAGUACCCAGAAGAAGCCAGGCCUCCCUAGUGCUGUGCUGGUGGAUAGGGCUUCCUCUCCAAUUCUUAUAUUUAGUGCCAGUGCCCAGGAGUUGAACAAUCCCUUAGCCUCUUCUACUCUAUCAGUCCCCUCAGCUCACUCUCUCGAAGACUCCGAGAAGCUUGGUAUCAGUCCAGAUGUUGCUGUUGGUGACCCAGGACCUCCAGUGGAUAAUUCUGAAGCCACUGAUGAGUCUGAUGUCCCUCAGAGACCUGAGUCUCUGGAAAGAGAAGGCAAGAACCUCUUAGAAAGGAGCUCUGAGAGAUUAUUUCUUGACUCUAGCUCCUCAUGCAGCCAACAGAAGAGCUCUAGUCUCCAUGUUAGUUUCUUAGAGCAGGCCCCUCAGCAGCUUCAGUCCAAGAGCACCACUGGAGACCAAAGCAGACUGCCAUCUCCACCACCAAGGCACAGGAGCCUGAAGCUAGAUGACAGCUUUAUGCCUGAGAAGGUAGCUUCCAUAGAGCAUGGUCCACUGAUCAGUAGGAGGCCAAGUCAGUGGCAGGUCAGGGCAGCCAGUGAAGAUGAGAGCUCAGUGUCUGUGGCUGAGCCACAACCCGGUAUGGAGCUAUCUUCCUCAUGGAGAGGUCUUCAGCCCCUUAGCCCUUGUCCUAUCUCUUAUACUACAGGGCUUCAAAAUCCUUCUAUAGCCCCACCCCAGGCCUGCAACCCUGUGGGGCUACUCUGUCCUGAUUCACAUAUAUGUGUGGCCCCUGGUCUUCAGCAUCACAGCCUGAGGGACCUCCCCAUCGAUAACAAAUUUAAUAACUGGUAUGGAGUUCAGAUUGGACCUUGUGGAGAGCUGCAUGUCGGUGAGGAUCUAGAAGCCGGGUGUGACUCCAGUUCUGUAGACCAAACACAAAGGCCCCUGCAACCUUCUGGCAACUACAGCCAGGACCCUGAGUGGCCCCGACUGAAGCACAUCCCCUUACAAAUUGGGGUCCAGAAACCCUCACUCAGUGUGGAACUCACAGAAGCAAAACUACACCAUGGCUUCGGGGAGACAGAUGCUCUGAUGAAGGUGCUGCAGAGUGGGACAGGGGAUGUGCUUGCUCAUGAAGAACCUUCUCUGUCCUCCAGGGAGGAGUACUACAGCAGGCAGAAAAAGACUACAGAGACCCUCAGGAACGGGAGGACUGAGCAACUUCAUAACUUUCGACGGACACGAAGCCUCACACCCCAGAAACAAGUCAGCUUCCUGCCCAGCAAAUACCUCCCCACCUGGGAACGUGACUUGCCCAGCAGACGCCGAGAAUACCUGCAGCAGCUGAGGAAGGAUGUCGUGGAGACCACUAGGAUACCACAGCCAGCAUCAAGACCAGCCCGCUUUCCCUCUGACAUUGAUCUGAUGCUUCGAGACUAUCAUCGGGCCCGUGAAAAGGCCAAGGUGGAGAUUGCCCAGGCUCGGGAUCGGCUCAGGGAGCGGACUGAACAAGAAAAGAUGAGAAUCCGCCAACAGAUCAUCUCUCAGCUGCUAAAGGAAGAGGAAAGCCUGCAAACUCUAGCCACCUCCAGCUCACUGUGUACCAGCUCCAACGGAAGCAUAUCUUCUGGGGUCACAUCUGGCUACAACAGCAUUCCAGCCUUCUCAGGCCACCUCCACUCCCUAGAAGCUGUGGAGGACUCUCAAGUGCCAGAGUCCGAAGACACUUGGAUAGGGGACUGGCGGGGACUGUCCAGCACGAGGAACAGUCACCUGUGUCUGACUGGGCAUACCUGGAAGAGCUUAGCCCACAGCUGCAGAGCCUCCCUGGGCAGUGGUUGCUUCUCUUCCUGUACCCUAUCCAACUCAGGGACCUGCUUCUCCUCCCAGUACCAGGACUUGGCCAAACACAUUGUCAACACGUCAAUGGCUGAUGUAAUGGCUGCUUGUUCAGAUAAUCUCCACAACCUCUUCAGGCGCCGGGCAACAGCUGGCUGGAACUACCAGGGUGAGGAACAGAAGGUACAGCUUUACUACAAGGAAUUCUCUUCUACUCGGCAUGGGUUCUUGGGCGCAGGUGUGGUGUCUCAGCCGCUCUCUCAAGUGUGGGCAGCUGUGAGUGAUCCCACUCUAUGGCCUCUGUACCACAAGCCCAUCCAGACAGUAAGACUGCAUCAGCGAGUGACCAACAGUAUCAGCCUGGUGUACUUGGUGUGCGAUACCACACUGUGCGCGCUGAAGCAGCUGCGGGACUUCUGCUGUGUCUGCGUGGAAGCCAAAGAGGUGCCUAUGUUAUGGGGUGAACAUGGGCACCAUGAGGGGCACCUGUCAAUCAUGGCAGCUCAGUCUGUGUAUGAUACAUCCAUGCCAAGACCUAGCAGAAAAAUGGUCCGAGGAGAGAUCCUGCCCAGUGCCUGGGUCUUGCAGCCUGUUAUCACAGAGGGGAGAGAAAUAACCAGAGUCAUCUUCCUUGCCCAGGUAGAGCUGGGUGCACCAGGCUUCCCUCCUCAUCUUCUGCAUUCCUUUAUCAAACAGCAGCCACUGGUUGUGGCCAAGCUAGCAUCUUUCCUUGGUAGUUAGUAUUGGGCCCUGGAGACAGCAUGGUUGAGAUGUAGGCCCAGGACACCUGAGACUCUACAGCUGCUUCUAAACCCUGAGGCAAGAAGUGCCUAAGCUGCUGUGGUAGCCAACCCCGCCUAGGGUUGCCAGAAAAAACAGUUCUUGGUUACCUCUGAAGAGUGAGCAACCUGAAGCUCCUGGCCCCAGCUGUCCGAAGAAUGAAAUUUAACUCACCUUUAUUUCCCGCCUCUGGGACUCAAUGGCACACCAAGUGUUCAAAGACUGGGAAAAAGCACAGCCUGCUGAGCUGAAGACUGCAGUGCCUUGGCAAGGUACCUCUUUGGCAGGCAAGCACUGGCCAAGGGUGCUCUGGAUCUGCCUCCAACAUUCAGCUCCAUUUUGUGAUGGAGUGGCAGAAAGAACCAAAGCAGACAGUUUAAAGAAUCAACUGCACAAACCAGAAAUUGAUUCAGCAUUUUCUCUCAUCGAAUGUUUACAAACAUUUAACUAUUCAUAUUUCCUCUCCCUCCACCCCCUUUACUGGGUCACUGUGUGUUACAGGUUUAGUCAGUCUACCUUGAGCUUAGUACAAUGGAAGACCACUGAAAAAACUAACAGGACGCAGGGCCUGAAGACUAGUAAUAGGUAGGGGCAGCUACAUGCUGUUUGCUAACAAGGUAAGAGGAAUUUCAAGCAGAUUAUCUAAGAUAGGAUUAAAUUCUAGCAGGUCUUGACCUUGUGUCAACAUUUAACACCUCAACCUCCCAAAUGCUGGGAUCAUGAGCCACUACACCUAGCACCCACUUCUUUUUAUAUAAAUCUGUUGAUUGGGUAAGGGUGUGGUAGCAUUCUGGUAGUAGGAGGAGGACCAGAAGUUCAAGAUCAUUCUCAGGUAGCUAGCCUGUCUUUGGCAACAAAAAUAACUAUUUGACAAUCUUUCUAAGUACUGAGCUAGCUGAUUUAAUAUGAUAGAAUGGGAAAAGGGUUGUUUUCUUGGAUCUUGGCCUGGCUGAACACUCUUGAAGAUUUUCUGUGCUCAUCUCGAAAUGGUAUGACUUAAGAAAUUCCCUUAAUCCAAUCCAAAUCUUUGGUGAGAGAAGGUACUCUUAUGGAUAUAAGUUAGUUAAAGGGUAAAUUUCUUUGCAAGAUUUUUCUAUUCUCUUAUUUAUAUAUUACUGAUUGACUGUUUUAAAAUUUGCUCUGAAUUUAUGAUUAAUUUUAUUGGCAAUACUUGAUAAUGCUUAGCAAUUUCUUACUUGCCCCCCCCUUUUGUUGUUGUUGUUUUGGUAUUUUUUUUUUUUUUUUGAGUCAGGACCUCACUCGGUAUGUAGAUUCAGCCUUUCAAGUCCUAAAGACAGGAGCCACCCUGUCCAGUUUCUACCUCUCUGUGCCUUACUGAGGUUAUUGACCAAUACAAGUCAAAAUAUUUGUCUUUAAAAAAAAAAAAAAAAAAAAAAAAAGCCAGGCACGGUGGCACACACCUUUAAUCCCAGCUCUCGGGGAGGCAGUGGCAGGUGGACCUCUGUGAGUUCAAGGCCAGCCUGGUCUACUACUUGAGUCCAGGACAGCCAAGGCUACAGAGAAACCCUGUCUCAAAAGAAAAAGGGGGGCAGGGAAGAGCCAUGGUAGUGGAGAAGAUCUUUACCCCAGUACUCAGGAGGCAGAGGAGUUCAAGGCCAAUCUGGUCCAGAGUGAGUUCCAAGAGAACAAAAAACAAACAGAAUGUACCCUUGAGGGUCACGAUGGCAGUGUCUAAUCCAGUGUUGAGAUUUUCUGUUUACAUGCUUGUAGGGAUCCAAGUAGGUGAGCUUCAUUUCCCACAUCUGUGCAUGUAACCAUAGAUCAAAAGAUAUUCAAGCAAAGGUUUUUUUGUCAUAAUUACUUAAACGUAGUUAAAUUAAUAUAACUUAUAUUAAAGGGUCCAUGAAGGGAAAAACACAAGAAUGUA